CCCCGCCCCCUCCCGGCGCCGCAGGAAACGAGCGGAUCCCGGGGCGCUGCCGCCCGCCCGCCGCCCCGCUCCCGCGCCCGGCCCCCGGCCCGGCCCUGCCCCGCCGCGCCGAGCUGCGCCCCGCGCCGCCGCUCCCACAUGCCGGAGAGCGGAGCGGCCGCGGCGCCGAGCCCCGCUGCCCGGCUGCCCCGCGCCUCCCGGCUGCGGCCCUAGCGACCCCACCGCCGCUGGAGCCGGGGCCCGGCGGCACCCGCAGUGCAUGAGAGGGAAGAGUGCGGCGGGGGCCGCGGCCCGAGCCACUCGCCUCCCGGCCGGCGGCGGCGCGGGAACCGGCCCGGGGGGCAGCGAGGGGCGGCGAGGCGGCGGCUCCAUGUGAGAGGACGCGGCGGCGCACCUGAGCCGCCGGGACAGCCGCAGCCGAGGGGGGGGCGGUGGGGGGAAAGGGCCCGGCGCCCGGCCCCGAGGACCACCCGCCCACAACCCGCCCGGGGGUGGGCCUGAACCCGCCUGCCCUCCCGAAGCCGGCCGGCCCCUGGCGGCAGCCCCGGGGCGGGGGGCAGCGGGCCCCCUCCCGGCGGGGAAGAGGGGCUCCGCCUCGCCGCCGGCAUCGCCCCGCCGGCGGGAAGACGUGCGCGCCGCGAGCGGAGGAAGAGCCCAGCCGAGCCCGUUCCGAAAAAAUGUGAAAGCAUUUGCAUCUUCAGAUAGCCUAGCCAAGGUCCAAGAAGUAGCAAGCUGGCUUUUGGAAAUGAAUCAGGAACUGCUCUCUGUGGGCAGCAAGAGACGACGAACUGGUGGAUCUCUUCGAGGUAAUGCUUCCUCAAGCCAAGUAGAUGAGGAGCAGAUGAAUCGAGUUGUAGAAGAGGAGGAGCAGCAGCAAAGACGACAACAAGAAGAGCAGCACAUUGGGAGGAAUGGGGAGAUAGGAGGAGAAGAACCUGGAUUUGAUGGCAGGCACGAGUCUCAGCAGGAACAGUUAGAAGAAAAUAACAAUAGACUUAUUACAGUGGAUGAAGAAUCCACUUGUAACCAAGAGGAAGAUGAUGAUGAACAUACUGGUGAUCAAGAGGAGGAGGUGGAAGAGGAGGAGGAAAUGGACCAGGAGAGUGAUGAUUUUGAUCAGUCUGACGACAGCAGUAGAGAAGAUGAACAUACUAACAGUAACAGUGUCACAAAUUCCAAUAGCCUCAUGGACUUGCCCAUUCACCAGUCAUCGCCAUUCUACGUAAAGACAAAGGCUUGACAAAGUGAGAGCGAUAAAAUGUCCAAACCUGGGAAAACUGCCAUCAACCAUGGCUUGGUUCCUGUUGAUCUUAAAAGUGCCAAAGAACCUCUACCACACCAAACCGUGAUGAAGAUAUUUAGCAUCAGCAUCAUUGCACAGGGCCUGCCCUUCUGCCGUAGGCGGGUAAGUGUAAAAGUCUUUAAAACCUGCGUUUUGAUCGCUUGGCUUGCAGCUCAGUGCUUUGUCAUGGUGCAUUCAUUCCAUUAAGAAAUGCUUAUAUCUGUAUUAUCUAUUCACUCAGGGUGCUGUAGAGGAGCCCUUGGGUCAUUUAUUUUAAUAAUUCUUGUGCUUUAAUUUAAAUCUGUACAUGUUGUCUUAGCUAUUGCUGAUUUAAAGAGACAUGCCAGAGAUUCUCUUACAGUUGUAAACCAAAUAGAUGCAAACAAAUGCUGUACAAAUAAGUAAAAUACAAAUAAAUAUGUAUUUUACUUUUAUUCACUCUAUUAGGUGAUGUAGAUAGUUUGGAGUAAAAUCCAUUGAAUGCAGUUCUGAAUUAUAUUGGUACAUGUGACUUGUUGGAUAAAAAACUAGAGAAUGUAGAGAUGUUAAACUAUUUUGUAUUUAAACGUUUUUAGUAGGAAUUCUUAAAACACAAUUUUAAUACUUUUGUAACUUAGUAAUAGAGAUAACAUUUUUGCUGUUACAGAAAAUAAAAAUAGCAUGUUACUAUGUGCUGGUUGCGAUAUAGUUUAUAUAUAGACAGUCCUAGCCUGACAAACUUUCAUGGGUCUUAUGCUACAGCUUCAGGAACUAUAUGGAUAAAGUGGCUCUUAAAGCACAUUAUAUAAAUUUUUAAAAAAAGUAUCUUUUACAUUUUGUUCUGUUUGUAAUACACCAUUUUCAAUAAAAAGUGAGUACUUUCAAAGCAACUUACAUCAUGAUUUUGUUACUCAGUUGCAUACUGCUGAGCUCGUAUUCUUUAAAGUAAAAUUAAUUUUUCUUCUUUGUUACUCUUUCAGUAAAAUUAUAAAUAAAUUUGUUCUUCAUAAUGAAUUUUCCCAACACUACUUUGAGUUUUCUGUUGCUACUGAAUCCAUUUAUUGAUGCAAAAAUUAAAAUCUAGCUCAGCUUUUGUAAAUGUUCUGGCUUUCCUUGAAUAUCAGCAUACUUCUUUUCAGUAAACUUACUCAAAUCACAGAUGAAAUUUAAAUUUCAGAUUACCACCCUUGAGCUUGAUUUCUUUUUACUAUGUUGCUUUGAAUGUCUAAGAGUAUUUCUUAUAUGUAAAAGGUCUAUGGCAUGUGUUGAAAGCUAGCAACUUAGUAUCAACCUGCAGCAGUGCAAAAAUUAGAACAUAUAUAUAUAUACACAUGACUAAUAUUGGAUCAUGUUCAUUGCAGAACAGUAUUUUUUUCAGCAUUCUACAGAUGUUUUUGAACACUGAAUAAAAACAUUUUGUAAGGUUGAAAGUGCUGAAGUAACCCUCUUUAUUGUAAUAGAUACGCUUUCAAAUUUUUGUAUGAUCUGAGAACUGUUUGCUUGAAAAUAAGCGUUUGAAAUAUGUUUGGAUAAUUUUGGUUCCUUUAUCCUGGUAGAAGUUUAGCAGAUACAUUUCACAAGUCUUUCUGUGGCUAUUAAUACAUUAUACUGUUGGAACUUUAAUGCUCAUGUUUUAUGUGUGUAUUUUCUGUAAUGAGAAGUGUGGUCACACAUUAACUUACCACAAAUAUGGAAAAAAAUAGUUUCUAAAGCAGUUCUCUGAAGACUUUGUCCCAAAACAACCACAAUCUAUCUCAGUUGUCCUGUCCUCAGAUCAAUGACUCAGUGGUUUUAGGUCUAGGAGGGUUUAAGAAGCUGUUCAGCAUUUUAUUUUUCUUUUAGCAUUAGGACUAAAGAGGAAAUUAAGAAACACUGUAAAUGUAUGCUUUACCAGCUAAACUAUCAUCAAUCUACUUAAGUUUGUCUUGUCUUCUGAAACUAAUAAUUCUCAGUAUGAUGGCUGCUUAUAGUGGAAAAGAUUGUAGCUCCGCCUUUAGUUUCAUGCCUUGCAACACUCAAAGCCUGCACGUAACUCAUAACGAUUACCAUAUUGGGUUCCUUCCCAACACACGUAGGUUGCGUAUAGGAUCCAUAUAUUAACAAAAAAACCCCAAACCACCAAACCUAAUUUUAGAUAUCAACAGAUGAGAGAAUCGAUACUUUUGUUACAUAGUCUUAGCACUUUAUUAAUCAUAGCAAGAAUAUAAAAAGCAUUUUUUAUGUAAAAUAGUUCUGACAUAAAGUCUUCACCAAUAUGCAACUCUUAGAUAUUUAUUUAUUUUAAAUUCUACUUUUCAUUUAACAAGGCAUUGCAUUAUUUAACAUUUAAUGUUUACACGUAAACUUGAUGUGCUUUUACAACAUGAGCUACAGUUUGCUUCUAGGUUACUGAGUUGGUAAUCUGUCAAUACCAGCUUUUUUCUGGCAAGUGUAUGGUUGGGCCAUUCAAACACUGACACGACUUAAAGAUUACCAACCUUCUCCUUGUUUGAACUUAUUUCUUCCCAUCCUUAAUUGUACAUUAAACCAAGCAAAACAUCUUUAAAAUGUGUAUUAUGAUCCUUGGGAGUAAAAAUACUUCCGUUAUGGAGCUGGCAAUUCAUAGCUUCUGCAUCCUUUGCAUUGGUUAUGCUGGGCUUCUGUCAAGAAGUGCACUAUAAAUGGUCACAGGACUUAACAGUUUGCCCUUAUGUGUUUUGUCAGUUUACACAUGUAGCUAAAACACUUUUCUGCAGUACUACUAAUCUGAAUCCACUUAAAAAUAGUAUUACUUAGCAUUCUUUGUGUAGUACUUGAGAAUAACUUUAGCACAUAGCUCUAAAUGUACUGUACUUACACAAUAAAUGCCUCUAUUCCUUCAAAGCUCUCACUGAAAACGUUGAUGCAGUAUCGUUUAAUGUAGAUAUAGCCAUGGUCCUCUUCAGUCUUAGGCAUAUCUUUUGUAGGCACUGAAGAAGAUUUUGCAGUACAAUGUGAAGAAGCAAUGAAUACCUUUUGACUAGUACACACUUCAGGUAUCAGAUAUCAUUUAGCUCUUCAGUGCGGUGUAAUUGCAGCCGAUCAUCGAACAUACUUAACAAGAUAGUCACGCAUGUCACGUAUGUUCCAAAAUCAAGUGCUGUAUUUUUUUUUACCAUGGCAAAUAAUUUCACCUGGCAAGAAAUUAGUCUUUUAGUUAACUAUAUGAUUAUUCCCUUAGACUGCUCUUAAACCACUAACAGUGGCAGUGUUUUUCCUUCUGAACCUGUUGUAAUUCUUAACUAUUUCAAAGGCUAUACUUCAAAAAUAGAUUUCUUCCCUCUUUAGUUUUGCAUGUUUUUUUUCUAAAAAGUCCUGUACUUGUUGCUCUUGGAGGCUGUAUAACAAUUUCACCAGACUGAAUAUAUGUUUUUAAGAAGUGCUAAUAAGCUGGAGAAUUUGUGAAAGUAUCUUGUUCGCUUGCAGCAUUCCUUGAUUUCAAGUGACUUAAAGUAGAACUGAAUUGGUACAAAGCAGGGGUUUCAGUGUGCACCCAGUGGUAUUCCAAGCUAGAAAAGAUAAGGUAAUACAUGUAUCCAUUUUCAGUGCCCAUACUCUCAGAAUACUCUAUUAUACUGUACUGUUUUGUUGUAUGUGCAUAUGUUUCACCUUUGAAAUGUAUCUGACCAAGCUUUGGCAAUUCAUAAACUUAGCUCAUCAAUGAAAUGCUUCUGUCUGUAGGGUGUACUUGUUAGAUGAAUAUAGGGUAAUACAUUUAAGCAUCAAUUUAUAUAAAAGAGCAUGUAAUGUGGUGUUACACAUUACAUACGGUAUUGGUCCGUUUUGUUACUACAGUAAAGUACUUGGAGCUAGACUCCGUUUCCUGUUCCUUCCUCUGGUUGACUAGUAUGCUAAUAAUGUAUUUGAAAUACUAAUGCGUCUUAUGCAUGAACAACUUCACUUAUUUGAGCUUAGGUUUUUUAUCUCUUCAUUUCUGUGUUAAAACAACCAAAACACCCUUUUCAUUGUCAGUCAAAUCUACAUAAAUGCUUGUGCCAGCAGUUUAACCAAGUAGUCCAUCCAUUCAGUUUUUGAAGGAAAUAUAGUCCUGAAUUUUUCUGCAACAAAUCAUAUUUCUUGUUAGAGUACAACAUGUUAUUUUGUGGAUGAGAGUAAGAAGUUACUUAAUGGACAAAAAACUAUUUGGCUUUCUCUGAAAUGGUGUAUUGUCCCAUACUUCCCUAUAUGUCAGCCGACUUUGUAUCAGGUCCUGAGUAAUAUGGAAAAGAACAAAACUUUAAACACAACAUGAAAAUAAUUAUCUCUUUUCCCUUGGAAUUUCUUGUCAUUUGGUAAGAAGAGACUGUCAGAAGAGCUUAAGGAAAACUGUAUGAAGAUGUGCAUGUGCAUGCAUAUACAUGUAUAUAAUUUUUAAUUUAAAACUUAAGGGAGUUUAAAGAGUGUGUCACUGGACAAAUCAGAGCACUCCCACGUGCCUGCAUAUUCUACAGCAGGCUUUUUGGCUCUGGGCUUUGUGCUGGGGAACUUGCGCCAUGGCCGCUGGGAGAAAGAAGCCUCUUAGAGUGUCAGAAAUAACUUUCUUUCAAAGAUGGUUUAUCCUUGACUUUAAAUUCCCUUGUUUGUGUGAGAAUUUGUCACCCAAAUGGAAGUACAGAUCAUGGACUGAUCAGUAGAUGUCUGCAUGAAAGGAAGUUUGUUCUUGUACCCGUGCUUGUUUUUCGUAAAGGAAUGUGUCCAUUGCUCUGGAUAUCCAAAUACUCACAAUAAAGCCAACCUUACAGAGGUUUUACUUUU